AUGAUAAUACAACUGCGAUAUUGUACAUGCAAUGCGUUGGACCUUUUUUGCGACUGGAUCAAUGAGCCGGUCCGGCCCAACCAACCACCAGGAAAGGAAUUAGAUGUCUUCACCGAGGCGCUAUGGAACGCACAAACAAUGCUUGUACACCGCCCCGAAGUUUACGCCAAGGACGAGCAUUUACAUGCUGCAGCGAAGAAGAGCGAGUACCUCAGAAAUAUGCGACUCGCUCUUGUCCUUUGGUACUUUUGUGACGAUGUUCAGGCACCGCAUGUCCAGAAUGCAGCUUUGUUUCUCAUCGGGAAGCUGGUUCAUAUAUACGACCUGACUCCUUGGCAUGAAGUAGUCAAAGGUAUUAUUUGGACACAGGACAAUGGCCUGACAAGGUACAUGAUUGCUGUGUGGGCGUGGGAGGUACAGCGUGGGAGAGAUUCUGAGCAUGGAUGGAAGAGUUCUUUGUCGGUGGAUCUGGUCCAGAGAAUUACAGCUCAGGUGUCGAGCUGGGAGACUGACGGGAUUGUGCUGACAGAGCAGCCUAAUCCAACUCUUCCGGAAUUUCUUGCCGAUGUUACGAUUCUUGAUUAG